AGUGACAAUGCUGCUUGUAAAAAAAUAUUACUAAUUUAUUAAUAAACUACAAAAUUAAGGGAACUUUUAUAAUAAAAUAUAUAUUAUUGAAAUUUAUUUUGUAAUUUAUUAAUAAAUUACAAAAUUAAGGGAACUUUUGAAGUAUAAUAUAUAUUAUUGAAAUCCCAGAAUAAUCUAAGUUCAAUCAACUUUUUAACAGAAAUUAACGUUCAAUAACACAAAAUUUAACUUUAGAACAGAGAAAAGAUAACACAAGCAUAGCGUUGAGAGACGUUUGGUAUAUAUGAAUAAAUAUUAUAUAUAUAAUAUUCUGUAAACAAUUUCAAAGUUAAAAAAGAAGAAAACUGCGAAAUAUGGAAAUGUCUACACUAGACAGAAAUCAAUUAGAACAUAUGAGUUUUAUGAGAAGACCGGUUGAAAAUUUUGAAGAAAUAUCGUCAUCGUUAUCCUGUGAUACAUCACCAGCGUCAUUUUGGUCAACGCCAUCAUUAGAAUCGACGUCACCAACUAUCUUGACAUCACCCCAGCAACAGGAGCCACAUCAACAACAACUUCCAGAAAAAAUUCAAAAACAACAGCCACAAGAACAAACUCAACAGACAUAUCCACAAUCAGAGCAACUGCUACAAGAUGAAUAUGAUUCAAUUUUAUUUAAGAGUGAUUCAGAAAGUGAGGAGGAAGAAGAUAGAGAAAAGCGUAUUGAACAACUUAGAAAGAAACUGAUGAAGCAGCUGAAGGAGAUUCACGAAUGGGGAGUACGAGAAGAGAUGAAAAUGAAACAAUAUAACCAGUCUCAAGAACAAAUUCUCCUGAAACAAAUGCCAGUUCAACAAACGCUGAGACAACAAAUACCACAACAACAGUUACAACAACCCCAUCAACAAAUGCUGUACCAACCUCAUCAAAUACAACUUUUUUAUGUAAAAAUACCACAUCAGCAAAUACCCCGGCAACUAGUACCACAACAAACUCAUCAGCAACUAAAGCAGUUGACAAAACAAAAUGAACAACCUCAGCAACAAUACCAACAGCAAUACCAGCAACAACAAUACCAACAUCAAUACCAGCAACAACAAUAUCAACAACCUCAGCAACAAUAUCCACAACAGUAUCAACAACAUUUCAACAAACCCAUAUCAGUUUGGACAACAGCAGCUUCCCUAACAGCACCCCGCAAAACGGCGUCAAUCUUCACCUACAACAGAGUCGGGCCAGUCUCUAUCGACUAGACUGGCAUCAAACAUCGAAAUGAACAAAACGGCACAGAAAGGAGGCAGAUGUCUCUAUUCAAAGGAUCUAAGUGAUUCUCGAAAUAGAAUAUUGGAUAAAUAAAUUUAUCACGGAGAGAAUUAAGAAAGAAUAAAUAAGAAGUAAAUCGCGCGUUAUAUAUAUAUAUAUCUAUGCAUUUACAUUUACAUGUGCAUUUCUACUAUUUUUUAUAAAUUAUAUUUUGUGUAAAAAUAUAUGUGUUCUCUCUUUGUCAGCAAAAGUUUUUAGGCUGAAUUUCAUUUAAAUUGAAAAAAAAAUCUUGUUUCAAUUUUUCGUCUGCUCCGGUUUUAGAUGUUUCGAAAUGAAAGAUAAACUUUCUUGCAUCUGAUUUGAUCAUUUUGAUGACGAUAAGUAAUAAAUUUUUUAUCUUCAACAUACGACAUUUUCGUCAUUUUUUGGUCACAAUUUCACUUUAAACAAUCUUUUUUUAUUAAUAUUUUAUUGAAUAAAUUUUACUAAAGGUUUUUAUUUACUUCUUAAAUUAUUUAUUUUUUUAUUGAGAAACACUGCGAAAUAUGUUUUAAAAAGUGAAAGGGUAGAACCAUAAAAAUGAAUGAAAAUAUUU